AUGUUUGGCUGCCUUGUGGCUGGGUGGCUAGUGCAAACAGCUGCUCAGCAGGAAGCAGAAGACAAGUUUGUCUUCGAUUUGCUCAACCACGAAAGCAUCAACCAUGUGAUGGUCUUCAUGCUGGGGACUGUGCCUUUUCCCGAGGGCAUGGGUGGGUUGGUCUACUUCUGCUAUGCCCAUGGUUUGCCACCACUGUGCUAUGCUGACAAGAACAAGGUGGCCAUUUGGCAGCUGCUGGGCUUUGUUACAAAUGAGAAAUGAAGUGCCAUCUUCCAAAUUUCCAACCUGAAAUCUGGGAAGGGCAGCCAGCAUCCUUUUGAAACCAGGAAUAUCCCUCAAACACCAUCAGUAGUCCAGAUAGGGAUUUCUGUGAAACUGCUGGAACUCUUGACUCAGCAAACCCCCAUAGUGAGUGCUACUGUAUCAUCAGUCAAUUCAUUCACUGCAUUCACACAAAAGAUGCUAGACAAUUUUUAUAAGUUUGCUUUGUCAUUUGCCAUCAUGCAGGCCCAGAUGACUCCAAACCUCUCUGAAGCUUUCAUUCCUGCCAAUGUAGUUCUUAAGUGGUACAAUAAUUUCCAUAGACAACUAACUGAGAAUCCUUUUGGAGUUGGAGAAAUUCAAUUUAACUGCAUUAAGACAUUACAAAAUAUCUGCUGCUUGAUGAGAAUAAAGUUAAAUUAA